AUUAACCAUUUCCUAUAGGAGCAAAACAUGUCUCAAUUUCAAGGAAAAUGGAAAGUUGUUUCAGAAGAGAACUUAGAUGAUUUAUUUCAAGCUUUUGGUGUUGAUAGUGAUAUGAGAUCAAAGACAAAGGAAGGACUUAUCAAACCAACACAAGAGAUAAUUGUGAAUGAAGACGAGUACAGAGUUAAAACGAUAGUAGGACAUCUAAGUACAGAAGUCACUUUCAAGUUAGGAGUAGAAUUCCCAAGUUCAUCAAUGGACGGCAAAAAGAUUAUGGUUAGAUAUAAUUUAGAUGGUAACAAACUAAUAGAAGUACAGAAAUAUGACAACAAGGAAGCCACAGUUACUCGAGAAGUAAUAGGAAACCAAUUAGUAACCGUCAUAUCUGGAAAUGGCAAGAUGGCGAAGAUUAUCUAUUCUAAGAUUUAGUGAUUAUUUUAACCCUUUGAGUUGGUAACCUGUUUAUUUCAUAAAUUUA